CCCUUUACAUGGACAGUGCUUCCAGUUACUUGACCAAUCCUCACAUUUGCCUUCCUUCCAAAUGUGAGAGUGUAAUAAAAGAGGUCCUUUACUUGCACGACAUUCACCCUCCACGGCCAGAACAUAACCUUGUAGUAUCAGUCCUUUUACCGGAGGAACAUGGGUUUGGUUCGAUCACUGUCAACAACUGGGCGAUACUUGAUGCGUCUCAACCCACUGGAAACCUUGUAGCUACUGCAAGAGGCACAGGUGUCAAUACUGACCAACUGAAUGGCUUCAUCUAUCAAAAUUCUUUCAGCAUUCUCUUCGGCAAUGGAAGCAGGUUCCCUGGCUCCAUUCUUCAAGUGAUGGGUCUCAGUACAGUUGGUGAAUGGGCCAUUGUCGGUGGGAUCGGAGAGCUUACUUUAGCGCGGGGUGUCAUCAAGUAUGAGACUGUUCUGAAUGUUCCCAACCAGGAGUAUUACCAGAAACUCAGCAUCUAUGCCCUGUACACUCCACCAUCUGUUACGGGCAACCUUUUCCCGUAAUUUUAAGAAUGUGUUGAUCAGCGUCGGAGCUGAAGUGGGACCAAUUAUGUCAGCGUCAUUUGCGACUGCGACGAUUGUUGUUGGGCUGUGUUUAUUUUAUGUUCAAUAAGUGGCGCUCUA